CGCAGUGUAAUGGUAAACCAACCCAAAAUUACUUAACGAGGUUUGAGCUACUAACACUUCAGGAAUAAUGCACACCUGGUUCGAAAGCAACUUUAUCGGUCUCCAUGUGUAAAAAGUACAUUACAGCUUGAACGAUCCAGAGAAGAGCUACAGGUGGUGGGAGGAAGACGAGCAACAACACCAGCUGUAGCAGCCGAUGAAGUGUUGUGCAAGAUGCAACACUGCUAGCAACACACUCACCACCACUGCUCAGUAAUGUGGUGGUGUUGUUGCUAUUACUGUGACAUAAGCAGCUACCAACCUCCCUAUAGCACCUUAUAGGCGAGGUGAUGGUGUGUAGAGUGUGGCUGGGGCCAGGGGUGGCCCUGACACUGGCCCGGGCACUGACCCUGGCACUGACCCUGGCACUGACCCUGGCACUGGCACACCACACACUGUCUGCUGACACUCACCACCUCAGGGAUGAAGGAGGAAAGGUGCUAUAUGAAGUGCUGGCAGGGAGACAGGUAUACGUUUACCGUUCAUAUAAGGAUGUCCAGAUCUUCCACUUCUCAGUUCCUGCACAUGUGUCUAUGGCAUUAUAUAAUUUCACUGCCAAUGACAGCUUGGCAUGUGACCCCCGCAGCAUUACUGUUUUCCUGCAAGCAGAGAGUUAUCCUGUAGUGAAUCCUGAUGGUGCAGAAUAUCCACCUCGACUGUGGGUGAAUCGUUCCCAGGUGUAUGAGGUCCAACUUCUUUCAGAUUUGAGCCCCUCGUAUUUAUCCGUCCCAUAUCCUGUGGCUGGUGAUUGGUUUAUGGUUGCAUUCAUAAAUGAAACUUCCAACCGGAUCACACAAGCAGGUCUCUUUCCAUCUUGUCACUCUUGGCUGCAGACAGAGGUGACAUAUAGACAAGAAGAAAAUAUUGUAAAUAUUGUGCCUGAAAUACAUUCCCAUCAAGAGAUACAACUCUACCAGCAAGUUGAAGAGUCUCAAUAUUACAGAUUCUAUGUACCAUUAUCAACAUGGCUGGUGGUUGUGAAUAUCAGCAACUGUGUGAUUCUUAAUGAUGGGGAUAUGCCUUCAUGUCCUGUAACUGUUGCCUUUAGAACACGAGCACUGCCAAACCUGAAUUCCACUAAUACAGUUAUUCACAAGUGUGAGGAUGUUAUUGGUGACACAUGUACAAUUGAGGUAGAUCCUGAGGAAGAUGCUUGGCAUUAUUUAAAGCUUACCACUCCAACUGGGAUGUCAGUUCAGCUCAGUAUGGCUGUUAAGCUCUUCUUGUGCGAUGCAUUAGGUGGAAAUAUUUACCAUUCUAUGAGUGGUGGUAAGAUGACCAUGAACCAGUUGAGCCCCGAGGAGAGUCUAGGGGCAGGAAGCCCUCCAUUUGUUAACUUGUCCAUCAGUGAUGCAGAUGACACCAACAAUAUAUCAUUUGUAACAAAGGAACAAGGACUGCCACAUCGCAUUCUCUUCAUGCCAACUCAGAAUACCAAGCAGCAUAUUGCUGAAAACUGUUGGCCAAGACACAAUCUAGUGAAAAAGACGUUCGGAGGAAACUUUGUAUUUGAAUAUGACUUGCCACCGGAUGAGAAUGGUUCUGUACCUCUUCUCUUAAAUAUCACCAGUGCUUCUCCAACGCUACUUGCAUUUCAUCUUGAACCAAUUAUAGACAUUGGAGGAACACUUUCUGUUGAGCUGGCCAUCUCUCCAUAUAUGAAUGUAAGUAAGCACAAUUUUAGCGUGGCAGGCUGUGUGGCUCUUGGAUUACGUGAAGAACCAGAUGCUAGUGGUCAGUGUUCUCGAGGUCACAGUCUACUGGUGAACACCUCCACUCAGAAUGAUGCAGUAACAGUACUCUUAAUACCAUUCCCUGAGCCUGGUUCAUGGUACCUCACUCUCACACCAACUUGUUAUCUUAUUAAUGCCAGUGAAGUAGUGGAGUGUAGUGUGAAUGAAGUUACUGUGGUCUUUAGUGUAACCUCAGCAUCGUGUCUUCAGGGAAAGUGUGGUAGAUAUGGCUCUUGUGUCCAGUAUAUAUCUGGUGGCUUUAUUUUCUCAACAUGUGUUUGUGAUGCAGGUUACCGUGGAUGGGGAUGUACGGAUAGCUCUCAGGCCACACCGAAUUGGAAGCUUCUUCUUGCAACCCUGCUACUCACACUCUCAAACCUCUUCUUCCUGCCAGCCAUAAUCCUUGCUGUUAAGCGGCGAUAUUUUUCUGAGGCCAUUGUCUAUGCUUUCACCAUGGUCUUCUCAACGUUUUACCAUGCGUGUGACCAGGAGACAUACAACUUUUGUCUCAUGAGGCUCAGUGUCAUGCAGUUCUGCGACUUCUACUCAGCCAUAUUUUCAUUCUGGGUAACUCUCAUCGCCAUGGCGGAUCUCCCCUACUCUCUCUACUCCUUCCUGCAUGUUGCUGGUGCUCUGAUUGUUGCACUGGGAGUAGAGUAUGAUCGGACAGGUCUGUGGGUGUUUGUAGUGCCCUCGGCCUCGGCUUUCUUCAUCAUGACUUCAUCUUGG